AUGGUGUACCAAAUAGAUGCGACAGCUAAACCAGACCACACAUAUUUUGGAGAGAGUUUAAGCCCGAAAACUCCUGUCGUUAUUAUUCCGGAUGAUUUUGAUGAGAGUAGAACGGACUACAUCGAUGCUGCUUCGCCUCGUGGACUAAUUCGAGAUCCAAGGAUCACCACACCAUGGAUAAGAAACAAAAAAGCGGCGAACUUCUUCAUUAAUUUGCUAACUUUUCUCUACGCAUUGAUUCUCACUAUUGUGGCCCUAAUAAUCGAAGUUUCUCCUACAUGGAGAGAUGAUAUUUGGUUGGCGGAGACUAUAUUCUUCCUCUUUAUGUACAGUAUAGGGAUCGUAUUCUUUAUUUAUUGUUACUUAUUCGUUAUUCAUCCUCAUGCUUAUAAUUUCAUUAUUCAACAACUGGGACGCAUAAAAUUUCUUCGGACACCUCAUGAAUGGACCAUUGAAAAGACCGGUCAUACCGGAGAAGGGGCAGGGACGUUAUACUUACGUCUAGGUGCUUUGUUCUUUGGAAGUGCUGGAAUAGUGUUGUUUGGGCUGGAAAUGUUCCUAUGCAUUGAAAACAAUACCUGCAAAGGAUCAGAAAUAGCUAAACAUGUUGUGGCAAUGAUAUUUACCUUUAUUCAAAUGCACUACAUAUUUUGUAAUUCAAAGGUUGCGAUAGGAUCACACAAAUUGGGCAAAGUUGGAAUGAUGCAUUUGGUUUCUGUGAAUCUCUGGACAUGGUUUCGUUUUGUCAUGGCAAAAACGGCACAUAAGGUUGCCAAAAAGAAAGUAUACGCAUCCGCGAAAAGCUCAUCGUCAUCGUCAUCAUCAAGCGAGGAAGUUAAUGCAAUGAAAGGAGAACACGAUCUUCUCACAAAUGUCAUGAACCGAACGGUCGAAAUGCUUAUAGAAACAACAACACUUAAACAUUAUGCUCCUCCAGCAAAGAUGAAGCAGUCUCUAGGAGCUAUGAAUCAAUUUGGAGACGUCGCCACUUUUCUUAUUACUUGCCUUGUAGAAUAUUCUCUUAUUGGAGCUGCCGUUAUGUUCAUUCAAUGGAAAUCCAUAGGAUGCAGUUCUGGACAUCACCGUAGUGAAGGCAGUGACGAGAAGCUAAAGAGAAAACAAAAGAUGAGGAUUGAUUGCAGUUCGUCAUCGACGGGACUAUUUGCUGGAAUCAUCUUCCUCAUCGCUGCAUUCGUUUCAAUGGGAAUGUAUGCGAUAUUCGAGGAACUAAGAAACAGCAAAGGAGCACUCCUGGUUUUUGGUAUUGUGGAUCUGUGCAUGUUCUGCAUGACUCUUGGAGCUUGCCUACUUGGCUUAUGGAGAAUGAGAGCUCUCCAGUAUCGACUACAUGCUCAUGGUGAAGUAAUCGAUGAAAUCCUUUUAAUAAUAGGAUUAAUAGGAGAAAUUGUGUACUGCGUUGUUGGUUUGGAUAUCUUCGUAACAAAUAGAAGAGCCCAAACGGAUCGAUCCAUCCUGCCUUGUUUCGUUUUUGUUGUCCGCCUAACACAAGUGCUUGUUCAAGCGGCGUUUAUUCUGAUUACAUCUAGACUCCGCUGUUUAUCACCGUAUGCAAUCAAAUACAAACCCGGGAAGCAAACUAUUACCUUUUUACUCGUUGCCAAUGCCACACUUUUCGUUUUCCACACUUAUGAAGGUAUGAAAUCAAGUUUUGGUAUCAGUGAAUAUGGAGGGACAACGUAUACGAACCUCAUUUAUGCCGUAGCUCCUCUACUCGUAUUUUACAGGUUUCACAGUUCUGCAUGUCUAGCAGAAAUUUGGAAACACACAUACUGCACAAAAUCUCAUGAAGAACUUUCUGGAGGUUCCGCAAUGACUGACUCCAACUUCACUCUAGAGACGACUAUUGAACGAAGACAGAGCCAUUGA